AACCAGGCAUCAGCAUAUGAUGGCUUAUCACCUCAAUGCACCCUUGUUUUUCAAACCCCAAGCACAAGCUUCAAGUGUCACCUGUGUCCAAGUUGCAACUUUGCCCCAAGUAGCACAAGAUUUCAUCAAGACAAAGACAGACAGCCAAAACAUAUAUACCACAAACAGGGUGUCCUUAAAUGGAACAGAGUAUGCAAAUGGAAUGUUUGUCUCUGCAGGCCAGACUGGAGGGCUUCCAACAUUCAGCAGAAUUGAACAUAUCCUGCUUGCAAAUGAUUGUAUUUUCUUUUUUUGCAGGAAUUACGAAUGCUGGUAUAUUGAGCAUUUGAGGUCAUUUGAGCUGACAUUAACAGACAGCUUUUCGGUGUUUCAGCUGUCGGAACUAAAUGAUACAGGAAUGGCUGCUCAAGCCCUACUGCUUCAUGUUCAUGUCUCAGCGGACAUUGUGAGAAAACUGACUUUAAUCUCACGCCCAGAAUCAGUAGAUGAGCUAAAGGACAUUAUAAAAGAGAGGUUAAACCUUGACUGUGACUUUAGCUUAUUAUAUGAAGACCCAGACUUUGACAGGCAGCUCUGUUCACUUGUAGAUAUUGAGGAGCUUCCACAGAAAGCUGUUGUAAAAGUUGUGAGACCAGAGAAUGAUGAUAGUUCAGUUGCGUCAGAUGACCCAAUAAUACUACCCCAUGCCAUGACUCCAGACAGGGUUGAAAGAUGGCCUCAGGAUUUCCCUAUUCCUACUUUUUCCUAUGAGGUAGAACUUCUACUUGGUGAGGGGGAUAUUGCCUAUGAGCGAACAGGAAAGGUUCUCAAGUUGUCUAGGGGACAAAAGCAUGACAUUCUUGAAACUCUUGCAGCUAAAAUGCAUGGUUUUAAAGCAUACCCCAGUGAUCGGGAAGUAUCAAUGGUAGCCGAAGCUCUCAUCACCAAACAUCCUUGUCUAAAGGAGCCUGGAUCACAGACGGGUUGGUAUGGAUGGAAAAAUAGCCUGAAGUUUAAGAUGGGUAACUUUCGUGCUAAGUUGAGUCGGGCUGGUUUUCAAGAGAUAGCUGUGAAUUCGGGAAAGAGAAGUAGAAAUGACCCAGACAAACAGUCACCACACACUAACAUAAAAAGACCUAAAAGGGCAGAAGUUAAUUUUCUGCCAAAUUUCCCAAGGGGUGAAGAUGCUGUUAGCCUUGACCAGCUAAGACUACAGAUGGUGGAUGAAGUCAAGAAAAGUGAAAAGAAUCACAGCCUGCUGACAAAGCUAAUGCACACCACCUUUGCCCUGCGACGCAAAGAGAUAAUCAGUGAUGAAAUACCAGUAGCAGAGAUCCUGGAUCGCUGGCCUGCUCUGAAAAUGGAGUCCCAGAUCUGUGCAGAGUUUCACAGGAUUACAAACCUCAACCUGAAGAACCACUUCUAUGCUGUGUUGGACCAACAUAUCCCCCGCCUCCAGAGCUUAUUCAGAAAGAAAGCUGCUCGCACAGGGAAAGUGUCUGAUGUUCUGUCUCAGCUCUUCAGAACCUAUGAUCUCCAGGAACAAGCUGAUAUCCAUGUUCGACGCGCUGUUGUGCUUCACGCCCUUCCUCCCUAUUUGCACGAAGACACCUCCACCUUCAUCAAAACUUGGGAUAUGACGCACUCCGACGAACCAGAUAUUAGGGAAGUGCCACUUGGACUCCUCUUAAUCAGAGCCAAUUCCAUUGAUGCAACAUUCUUCUCCCCCGAGAAGAUCGCAGUUUUGAUUGAGGGUAACAUAAUCAUUGAUUUCCCCACCCUGGCUGAUGCAUUUGUAGUAUUAUUUGCACUAACAUACGCCCUGCAUCUAAACUACCCAAAAUGUUUGGCUAACACAUUUGACUUUAUUCAGAAAGUCUUGAUGGGUCUGGAGGAUGGGAAGUUGAAGCCUAAAGUGCUAAGUCUAAAAAAUGACCUGUUGGCAGCAGAAUAAUGUCCAGGGUCCCAACACAACCCUGAAGUGCCUGU